GGCAGGCGCACUACGAGAUCAAGUGUGGGAGUGUGUGUUUGUUUAUGUGUCUGACAGGAGACAGAGACGUGGAGGCUCAUUGGAUAACCGCUGCAUUGUGGAGUAGUUUCUAGUAACACCGAAGAAGAGCGGGAGUGUGUGUGCACAGAGGAAAAGUCUGAAGAGGAGAGUUGGAGGAAGAAAAAGAGAUUUAAAAAAAAAAAGAGACACCCUCCCUAGAGAGGAGGAGUAAAACGCCGGUAAGAAAAUAUUAAUGAUCUGGCAAAAAAAAAAAAAAGCACACAACAUCCCUAGUGUGGAUCAGACAACCUCACGCUGAAGAGCGACACCAGCGCAAGACAAAACCCCCCCCCCCUCUCUGAGCUCCACUCACUCAUGAUCAUCACUUCAAACACGCGCACACACAAAAGCCACGCUGACACAGCGGGAAAAGCGGAGGAGAGAAGAGGACUCUUGAUUUGCCUCGGGACCCUGUCAAAAUAAAAGUCAUCCUUGGAUUUCCGUUUCUUUUAAAGACCCUGGACCCAAAGUCCUCCUGUUGUGCUGACCUUUUCCAAGCCCUCCCCUCCUCUCCCAGGACUGAAGAUGAGCUGCAGGAAAAGGUGCAAGCGGGAGAUCUUCAAGUUCGCACAGUACCUGUUUAGACUUGUCACGGGCACACUUAACACCGACAGCGUUGAAGAUGAGCUUGAACUAUCGGCGGUCCGCCAUCGCCCCGAGGGCCUAGAGCAGCUCGAAGCGCAGACCCGUUUCUCCCGGAAGGAGCUACAGAUCCUCUACCGCGGCUUCAAGAAUGAAUGCCCCAGUGGAGUUGUCAAUGAAGAAACCUUUAAAGACAUCUACGCACAGUUCUUCCCACAAGGAGAUGCUUCAACAUACGCACAUUUCCUGUUCAAUGCUUUCGACACAGAUCACAACGGCUCUGUGAGUUUUGAGGAUUUUGUUAUGGGCCUCUCCAUCCUCCUGCGAGGAACAAUCCAGGAAAAACUCAACUGGGCUUUCAACCUCUAUGAUAUCAAUAAAGAUGGAUACAUCACUAAAGAGGAAAUGCUUGACAUCAUGAAGGCCAUCUACGACAUGAUGGGAAAAUGUACAUACCCCGUCCUCAGAGAGGAGACGCCUCGUCAGCAUGUAGAAGUCUUCUUCCAGAAGAUGGAUAAAAAUAAAGACGGAGUGGUAACCAUAGACGAGUUCAUCGACUGCUGCCAAAAUGAUGAAAACAUCAUGCGAUCAAUGCACCUCUUUGAAAAUGUUCUUUAACUCUUGGCCCACUGUGACGGUUUUGGGAGAGGACUUCAUCUUUAGCUCUGACUUGGACUCAUACUGUGUACAGUGUGCUAUGCAGACUUUUGACCAUAGAUAAAACAUUGUUCAUCACUGAGGGCGACACAGAGGAGUGCGAAAUAUGGUGCCAACACUCUGGAAUAAUCUCCCUUAUUGAGGAAAGAAAAUCAAAUUAUAAAUAAAUAUAAAGGAGAGGGGGGAGGUUUCAAGAACGUGUGGAGUUUUCAAAGUAAAACACUUCAAGGUCCACUCCCACCACCUGUCUCUGGAGUGUUUUUCAAUUUACAGAAUGCUGCAUUCUACAAACAGUUUCAAGCCUUUGACUUUACAGAACAACACAAAAUGAGAUUUCAGUUUCAGCCUUGACUUGUUUUAUUUGUGAGCAGUUAAAAUCACUGUGACGUUUUUACAGCAUCAGAAAGUGAAACAGAACAAAUUAAUUGCCACUGCAGUUAUCACCUUCCUAACUGCCUCUAAAUUCCAGAGUGUUUCCACCCUGACUUAGUUAACCAUUGUGGUCUUUGAAGGAAGCAUUUAGACAACAAAAAAAACCUAGAGGUGAACCAUUUUGAAUUGUAAAUACUUAUAGAUAAAGCAUUACAUGAUUACUCUGUGAAAAAAAACCUUUCAACUUUGUCCAUGUUUACUUGCCAACUAGAAUGGAGACAACACAAGGAUUGUAUUGAUGUCAAAACCAGACCAUAAUAACGAUGGUUUGUCUACACAAGCACACAGGUAGCUACAUUUACCACCACUAUAACUUUAGAUGAUAUCUUUGUCUUAAGAUUAAUGCUGCUUUCAGUGUAUUUCUUUGAACCCUGAUGUAUGUACUUCCCCUGUAAAGUUAACCAUCAUAACUCUGGUUUUAUUUUUGUUUCUGAAGCACUCUGUUAGGUUAUUUAUAUGCUACUAUGAUCAUUGUACAAAAGAUUGUCAGUUGUACAGUAUUAAAUGAAAGUUUGCUCUCGGGUGAAUUUGAGCUCUUUACAUUUCUUCAUGGUAUUCCCUGUUUUCAUAAAAAAAGUCAGUGUGGUUACGUGUGGGUACUCACAAUUCAACUUUGUAUGAUAUUCAUCAUUUUCAGGUUGUUUGCUAAUUCACUUCCUACUGUUUCCCUCCUCCUCUUCCUCCUCUUCCUCCUCCUGCGGGCUGCCCACUCCCACUCAGCUUGAUUGGUCCUGGCUGUCCGUGAUUAAAGCAUUGCUUGGCCCCAUAUGAGCGCAAACACAAAGCAUGCUUGGUAGAAGUCUCACUCAGUGACUUCCUGUUGCUUGUUGGAAACCACUGGACCACUGAGAGAAGUUUCUGGACGUUUUGUGAAUGAGUUUCUGAAGCAUUCAAAGGUUGCUCAUGUUUUGGAUUCAGACAUUCUGACAGUACACGGCAUUACUGGAAGUACAAGUCAGUAAUAAGAACAUUUCUCAGUGAGGCAUGAUCUUUAUUUAAUCGUUCAAAAAAAACUGCCACUUUUUGGUUUUUACACAUUUUGUUGGACGAAGUAUGUAAAGUUGCACCGAAAAAGUAUCAAACUGCAUUGUUUUCCUUGAUUUCUGUUUUUGUGCCUUACUGUUUGUAAAACUUAACACUCUUAUUUGAUUGACAAUUCAGUUUAUAUUCUCAGAAAUCUAUGAAAUGUGACAUUUUACUGAUUAAAUUGGGGGAAACACAA